GUGCGCAGCCCCAGUCAGUGUUGGUGUGAUCGUGUCCGAGGUCGGUCAUGGCGUCCUGGAAGGCUGCUCUCCUCAGGCUCUGGCCAUUUAAAAGUGAUACCACGGACUCCUCGGCCUCUCAGUGCGGCAGGAAAACCGAGACGAGGAAAAUAACGAGGGUUCUGGGGCCGUGGGAGGCGUACAUGGUUACUUUACAGUCCAUUCUCAUCUGGGAGAGGCCAGGAACGAGUGCUGUGGCUGUGGUGGGAGUGAACGUUCUCUUCUGGCUGCUGGUAUGGAGUGAACUACAGGUGUACUUUGUAGUCAGCCUGUGUGCAUUAGCUGUGUUUCUACACCAGCAGUGGGUCCACUCCAUCUGGCCUGAGAUCCGUGUACCCAAGCCAGAGCCCGAUGAUACUGAAGACUGGACUCCUGUACACCCCAGUGUGCUGUCCGUGCCGGAGAUCAGCCAGUACGUGGAGGGAGCAUGGCGACGCCUGCGGGAGAACUACACCUGGCUCCUGCACCUGCGGCGUGUCCAGCCCGCACUCUUUUGUGCCAUUGUGACGACAGUGCUGAGUGUUGGUGCCGUAGUUGGGCACUUAGUCCCUGGGGCUGUGCUGGUGUAUAUAUUGCUCAUGGUGGCAAUGACAGGACCUGGGGUCGUCAUCCAUAUCCUUCCAGAUUCCUUUUAUGAACGACUCAACAAAAUUCGUGUUGCUCUUCGAGGAGAUGUCUCUGGCAUGGAAACUUCGAAUGUGUCCCUCGACAGUGAUAUAUCCGAGUUCAUGCCAGAACUUCAAUCUCUUGAGGCUCAAGCUGCUUUAGAUGUGCCUCUUACGAGUCAGGACCCUCCAGAAGUGGAAGAAAUGCUAGAAGAAGCUGAACUGCACAGUGAGGCCUCACAAGAAGGUUUAGCAAGAAAGAGAUCAAGUAAAGGCAGCAAGCAAGCAACCAGCCAAGGACUUCCUUUUGCUACUGGAGAGGAUGGCAGUACUACGUAUUUUACCAGUGGACUUCCCGAAGAUUUCCCAUCAUAUGACCAUGACAGUGUUGAAGAUCUGGAUGGACCUGAUUUAGAUCUACCAGAUCUUUCACAUCCAGUACCUGAACCUAGUCAAAACAGGCAAGGGGCAGGAGGUGAUCGCUAUCAAAUGGAAUUUGUCUCUUCUCAUUUUGGAGGCAGUAGUGACGAAGAGGAUGAUUUCAUUGAAGGUCUCACAUUUGAAGAACGAAGUCAGAUAAGACCUGAAUAUCGAUACCCACAAAGUUCUGCAGUUAAUGAACCCCAACCUGCAUCUACAAUGGCUCCUAUAAGCCAGCUUAUGAGUAGUGUAAUAGCUCAAAAUGCAGGUAACGUUUUGUCUGUUUUAGGGCAAAAUCUAGUUACUUCUGUGAUAGGGCAUUCUGUAUCCAGUGCUCAAAGUGCACCCUCAACUAGCCAACAGCAGCCCAGACGACAACAGCAGCCACCUGCUAGAAUGACAAGGUCACUUGAUCCAAACCAACAAUCAACUACAGACUUGGAAGAAGAUUUUGAACUUAUUUCAGAUGAUGAAUUUCAGUGACAGUAUUCACUUGAAGACAGGCGCCAACAACUGCGAUUAAAAAUAGUCAGUGCUUGAAACCCUACAUUUGGACAAAAUAAUGUACUUCUUUGCAAGUCAUGAAAAACCAAAUAAUUUGUUCAACAACAUAAAGAUCAUGCAUCAGUAACUGUACAAUAAAAUUAUAAAAUUCUCAUAUCAAAGUUAAGGCUGCCUUAAUUCAUAUUUCUCAAUAAAUUGCCUUUUUUGCAAUGUCCAUUAAAACUGUGACAAGUUUGGUAGUGGUGCAGCAUUGAGGAGAAUGAAGUGGAGUCUUGUGGGGUAUCAUCCUUUAGCAUAGAUUGUGGUUUAACUUGAUAAAGUGUAGUGCAGAUAUUGUGUGUGUGUGUGUGUUAAUAUUUUACAUGGUAAACGUUUAGGGAAACAAGCAUUGAAUAGGUGUUCACUACCCACAUUGCAUAGUAUUAUUUCCUAUACCUUUUAGAUCUCAUUUGGGAAAUGAAUGUCCCUGUGCUUUACUGAAGUGCCCCAGUAUAUUCUAACACAGACUUGGGUAUUAUGUUUUGUUUGAAAAAUGUGAUAGCCAAUUCAAACAAAUAACAAACUAAGUGAAGGGACGACGACGUUUCGGUCUAUCCUGGACCAUUCUCAAGUCGAUUGUGGAAUGGUCACAAUCGACUUGAGAAUGGUCCAGGACGGACCGAAACGUCGUCGUCCCUUCACUUUCUAGUGUGUGGUCUGGUCAACAUACUUCAGCCACGUUAUUGUGACUCAUUGCCUGCAAAUAACGAAUUAGAUUUCAAUUCACAUGCAGAAAUCAGUGCCAUUAGCAUAGUGCAUGAUUUCGUGCUUGUGUACUUUUUUUUAUUUGGAGCUAGUCAGCACAUACAGUACAGUAGUACCAAAUCAUUUGUACAAGUUUAUCAUUAAUUGUAAACUUGUAAAACUUGGUUGGUGUUGAGAGUGUAGCCUUAGCUACACUAUACAAUAAAUUGCUCCACAAGUGAUAUUUAUUUACAUUUUUUUGUUUACUUUAUUUAAGCAGAACUAUCACCAUUAUUUUUCAGUAGCUCAUAUCUUUUUAUUUUUAAUUAAGCUUUUAUCAAGAGCAUAUAUACUGUGUAUAUAUUUAUAUAUAUUCACAGUAUUUAUAUAUAUUUGUUAUAUUGUAAUAUAUUAUGUCAAUGUUCAGCAACAGGUUACAAUCCAUUUCAUGGUUAAAGUUAAACAUACAUGAUGCAUUAUUAGGGAAGUCUUAUCAUACAUUAUACUGAAUUCUGUUUUAUCUUCCAUUAUUCUUUUUAUUAAGGUAUUUAAAUGGAGUCAUUGCAUAUAACAAAGUGCAUAAUAUUUGACUUGUGGCUGUUGUAUUACUGGAUAUGGUUUAGUUACUGUAUUACCACAGUAUACUGUGUCUAUUGUGUUAUCAGGUAUGUGUGGCUACUGUAUUGCUAGGUAUGUAUGGCUACUGUAUUGUAUUAAAGGGUAUGUAAUAAUGAAUUAAUAUUUUUAUAAAGAAUUCUACUGCUUUCAGUGAUAAAAUUAUACAGUAUUGUGUAUUAAAAUUAUAAAAAUCCAUCAAAGUAAAUUAAUUUUGGUUUAAAAUUAUUAAUGUUUAUUAUAAAUUUGAAUCAAACAAUCACACUCUCUUCUUUCUCGACCUUGCUUUCGUCAAUAUCACUUUCUUUCUUUCUUUCUGCUUUGUUUCUUCUCUCUCUCUCUUCUCACUCUCUCUCUUCUCACUCUCUCUCUUCUCUCUUUCUCUUACUCUCUUUUUCUCCCUCUCGUUCUUUCUCACUGUCUGUCUGUCUUUCUAGUGGGGGGCACAUAAAUGCUCAGAACAAUCUUUUGCAAACUAAAAUCAGACAACACGGCUUACAGAGCGUCAGGAGCAACACAUAAUAUCUGGGUGCUAGUGUUGGAGUGAGCUCUGCAAGUGGUGUUCCCAAUGCCAUAAAUAUACAGAAGUCCAUAAUACAAGGUGGAAAGUGGAGUUUAAGAAAAACCUACAAAUUAGUGUGUGGAGUAACAUGAGAAAUUGCAAUUAAUGUGAAUAAAUGACACGUUAUCAGAUGUGGAAUAGGAGAUAAUAGGCCACACAAUCUACAUAUUAUGUGGAAAAGUUUUAAAGAAUUCUGAGAGAGAUUUAGGGGUGGUUCUAGAUCGAAAGCUGUCACCUAAGGUCCACAUAAAUAACAUUGUCGUGGAGUGUGCGUGCUACUCGUUAGAACUUUAAAAUUGCUUUUAUAUUCGUGGAUGAAGAAAUACUAGAGAAAUGGUUCACAACCUUUGUAUGCUGCCCAUAUCUCAAGAAACAUCAGUAAAUUGGAAAAGGUGCAAAGACAUGUAACUAAAUGGCUUGGUUACAAAUGUUGAAUAUACCAUAGCUUGAAGACAUAAGAAAAAUAACGUGAUAUGAUCACUACACACAAAAUAGUAACAGGAAUCUACAAAAUUAAUAAAGAAGAUCUUUUGUAAACUGCAACUUCACAACCAAUGUACAUAGGUUCAACCUAAAGAAACAAAACAAAAAAUAACACAUUAAAAUUUAGCUUUUAUAAACAAAAUGGCAGACAGUUGGAACAAGUUAAGUGAGAAAGUGGUAGAGGCUAAAAAUAUCAGUAGUUUCAGAUCAUGAUGAUACAAAGAGUACUGGGAAGACGGGACACCACGAGCGUAGCUCUCAUCCUGUAACUACACUUAGGUAAUUACACUUACAAUUACACCCUAACAUGUUUUGCACACAUUCACAGUCUUUGAAGUUGAUUGAAUAAAUGGCAUGUUAUG